AUGCGCUGGCUAAACUGCAGUAUUCAUGAAUUUCCUCCAGAUUACUUUACAAAUAGACAAAGGGAAAAGGGUGCAUUGGCUCUCCAUGCAUUGUGUGUUGUUUAUAUGUUUGUUGCCCUGGCUUUAAUAUGUGAUGAUUAUUUCGUGCCUUCUCUGGAGAAGAUUUGCCUGAGGCUUGAUUUAAGUGAAGAUGUAGCCGGAGCAACAUUUAUGGCUGCAGGAAGUUCUGCCCCUGAAUUAUUUACUUCAGUUAUAGGCGUUUUUAUUGCCAAAGGAGAUGUGGGAGUAGGUACCAUUGUUGGAUCAGCCGUUUUCAAUAUGUUGGUCAUUAUUGGACUCUGCGGGUUGUUUGCUGGCCAGGUUGUUCCACUGAAUUGGUGGCCUCUAUUUCGUGAUUCCAUCAUCUACUCACUUGCCGUGGUAGCACUUCUCUUAGUGCUUUAUGAUGGUACAGUUUCUUGGUGGGAGUCGCUCAUCAUGCUGUGCAUGUAUGGAGGUUACAUCGUUAUUAUGAAAUUAAAUCCAAAGAUAGUGGAUUGGCUUGACAAGAAAUCGGAAAAGCGGAGGAAGAAGAGAACAAAGAAACUGGAGGAAAAUGACAAAUGUAAGGAUGGACCUGGAUGCACUACAGUUAUGAUUCCACUUCAAUCUGUUAAUAAUACACCAUCACCAUCAUCACCAGAUGAGGACAAGUCACAAGUAUUUAUGGUGGAUGAGUAUAUAUACAACUCGCCAAAGCGGUUAACAUUUCCUGAUGCUGGUUUACGGUUGAUGUUAUCUAGUCAUUUUCCAGCGAGAACUAGGAUGAGAUCAGCAUGUUGGAUGAUAAUAGCUGAAAAAAAAACUAAUGGCCAUCAACAUCCCAAUCAUAAAGACUCACUUGAAGGCAGAGUAAAUGGUGAGGCAUGUCAUACUGAUACUGAAGAUGAUAGCAAAGGAUCAGAAGAAGAUGAAGAUGAUUGGGGCAUUUGCACAAUUCCCAAUACCUGUUUUGGUGUUACUAAAUGGAUUAUCACUUGGCCAUUAUCAGUUAUAAUGCAUUUCACCAUUCCAGACUGUAGAAAGCGCAGAUGGGAACGUUGGUAUUUGGUAACAUUUUUUAUGAGUAUAAUUUACAUAAUGCUCUUCUCCUACUUAAUGGUAUGGAUGGUGUGUUUGAUAGGAUACACUCUCGGUAUUCCAGACACGAUCAUGGGAAUUACAUUCCUAGCUGCAGGUACCAGUGUUCCUGAUGCAAUGGCUAGUUUAAUUGUUGCUCGACAAGGAAUGGGAGACAUGGCAGUUUCCAACAGUGUUGGCAGCAAUAUCUUUGACAUUUUACUUGGAUUGGCACUACCAUGGUUUUUAAAGACAACAGUUAUCAAUUAUGGGUCUAUUGUUGUUAUUAACAGCCGUGGUUUGAGAUAUUCUGUUAUAUUAUUGUUUGGAAGUGUAGCACUUACGGUUGGCUGUAUUCAUUGCAAUGGUUGGAAACUGAACAAGAAGAUGGGUUUUGCUCUCAUAUGUGUGUAUAUUGUCUUCCUGGUCUUUACUGUUCUUAUUGAGUUUAAUGUCCUUGGAUAUGUUAAUCCGCCAAUUUGCAAGCACUGA